UAUGUAUGUAGAUAUGUAGGUAUGAAUGGAAACGUAGUAAGUAUAGCUAGCGACUUCACAUGCGACGAUUUUUUCACAGAUAACUGCAACAAUGAAGUUAGUUUCAAAUUAAUUCCGGCUUGAAGUGGAUGCGUGUGCGCGUCGAUGAUCAGCCAACAACUCACAUUUGCAACGACGACAAUAAACACAACACAGCAUUUACAGGAAAAAAAUGCAAAGAAAGCCGCCUGCAUGUAAAUAACUACUUAGCUCGCAGAACCAGCACUAGCGAACUAGCGAAGCGUAAACAGAAAAGGCGGUCCUAUUCUCGAUAUUUUCUUAAAUAUCUGCCACUUUAUGUGACACUUUAACUGGAGUCGGACGCAUUCUACUACAUGGUUAUGAAACGAAUACCUGUUACUGAAGUGCGGUUUUAUUGUUAAAAUAAUAAUAAGUGUUACAUAAAUCAAAAACUUUAAAUACAAUUAGCUGAUUGAAGGCUUCUGGAGAUAGUAUAUCAAAAAUUAAUUAAAAAAAAAAAAAUAUAAAUUUUAGUGUUUGUGAUUUUAUUGCCGCAUAAGCUACAUUAGGUAGGCAUAGAACGGAUUGAACGAAAUUAAUUUCGAAUGUACAGUUAAAUAAUUGAAUUUGAAUCCGGGAGCACCGAAAGGCGAAUGACGCGAAAGUGAAAACAAACUCUUGUGGUGUGGCGAAAGUAACUAUUCAUCUACUAAUUAAGACAGAUAAAAAAAAGUAUAUAACUAUUUAUUCAAAAAUGGUGGAAAAAGUGGCCAACACGAUGAUGGCGCGCAUAAAGCUGCAGCAGUGGGGCAAAAUCUUCCACAUGUACUACAUAGAACCGAUUGUGUUUAUGUUGGUGUUUGCCCAUAGUCUAUCCGGUACGAUUCUCCGCAAUCAAAUCAUAUAUCAAGCCUGUACAACGAUAUUCAAUUACAAUGAGACUAUUUGCCAAGAAUUAGGCACAAAAAACGCCAGUGAACAAGCGACGAAAAUCGAAACCGAAGUGCAGCCAUAUGUCGCAAAUCUGUUUAUGAUUCGCACUUUGCUGGAGAGUAUUGUGCCGGCGUUGUGUGGCGUUUUCAUUGGUUCAUGGUCGGAUCACUAUGGCCGUAAGCCGUUGUUGGUCAUUUCAAUGAUAGGUUUCUCCUUCACCUACCUCAUUGCUGCUGUGAUUUGUCAAAUAGCCGUCUAUCAACCGGUGAAUCCUUGGUACUACGUUUUGGCCGUGGUGCCACACUCAAUUUUGGGCGGCAAUUGCGUGUUUUCUGUAGCGGCUUUCUGUUUUAUAUCUGAUGUUACGGACACAAAGACAAGACCUUACAGAAUGAUUUUCAUGGAAGCAUUCUUCUUCAUUGGCCUAAUGACCGGUUCGCUGCUUUCGAGUUUUGUCUACGCCGCUACAGGAACCACAACAACUUUCCUCAUAUCCGGUUUACUCAUGUGUAGCACAACAAUUUUUAUUGUUGUCUGCGUGCCGGAAAGUUUACAUCUUAGUCACAGGGUUGAAGACGUCGUCGCCGUCGAUGCUAACAAAUGUAUUACGCUCAAUGGAAAACCUGUGGAACAUAUAGCCAUGGACCAUGUCGGUAAAGCAAUAAAUUCAAACGAAAAGCGAAAAAGUGUGCUUGCAAUAGAUGCGAGAGGAAAAGUAGUUGAAAUUUCAGCGGACGAUGUGCUAAAAGAAACGAUCCAGCCAGAGAACGGGCGGAAACAAGAAUUAAAUGGUUGCGAAAAGGCAAAGAAGGAUGCUAACGAAAAACCCGCAUUGAAUGCGGCAACAACAGAAAAGCAAACAUCUGAAGAAACUUCUGCCAUGGGAAAAUCUAAAAAGGCGGGACUCUUCAGUUACGUGCACAUAAAAGAUAUGCUGGUCACUUGCUUGAAGACGAGGCCAUUCUAUGAUCGCUGCAUUAUUUGGCUUGUAACUGGCACUAUGUUCCUGUCGAUAUUCGUGCUCGAUGGCGCAAUGACGGUAUUUUAUUUGUUUGUGCGCGAGAAAUUCCAUUGGACUGUGCGAGAUUUCACAUUUUACGAGACCGUUAGUCAUAUGGUGCCUAUGUUCGGAGCGCUGAUUGGUUUCUUGAUAUUGAGAAAGGUCUUCAGCAUGUCCGUGGUGACACUUGCACUACUUUCGUUUCUUAGCGAAAUUGUAAGCAGCAUUGUAAGGGGAGUGGCAUCUGAGCCUUGGCAUUUGUAUUUAGCUGUCGCCUUGGGUGCCUUGAAAUCAGUUGGUGGACCGAUGUGUCGAACCAUUAUAUCAAAUAUAGUACCGCCAACAGAUUUGGGAAAAAUAUUUUCCAUUAAAAAUGUCUUGCAAUCGAUUGCGCCAUUCUUGGCGGCACCUCUCUACACAGUCAUCUAUAAGGAGUCAUUGAAAACAUAUCCAGGACUAUUCAACAUUGUAAGCGCGGCGCUAUAUGCGAUUGCAUUUUUAUUUCUGAUCAUUGUAUUGCGAUUCAAGUAUUCCUACAAGGAGCAUUAUGCAUCAAUCUUGAAGUAAACUAUGCGACUACCAAAUGCUACCUCAUACUGAUUGAUUGUUUGUAUGUACAUACAUACAUAUGUGCGUAUUUAAAAUAAUGUGAUAUUUAUUUAAAUUAAGUAGAAUUGAAUCUCGAAUAAAAAUAUUGAUACAUAGA